ACGCUUACUCUUUCGACUGUGACCUCUUCCAGUGUGUCGACCUGCACGCAGACGAUUACGUCGCAUCAUACGAAGUGGUCUACUUCAACCUGAACCUCCACCGCAACCAUGACUUUGCCGGGUGGAGGUAGUAUCAGUACUGUCACCGCUACUGAGCCGGCGUCUGCAGUUACGAGUACGACCACGUCUACGUGCUGGAACACGGAGACUUUGACGGCGACAGUUGAUCCUUCAACUGUCACCACCGUUGUAACGUCUGUUAGGACCGUGACAUCGUCUGUCACCGCUUCGACGGUUACUGCUACUGUCUCGGCUGUUUCAACCAUGUCUCUUCCCGGUGAUGUUAUUACCGUAACUAUCCCCGGCCCCGGUGCUACGGUCACUUCCACCUCGACCUCGACCUGCACGGUCACCAAGAGUCUGACGAUCACGGUUCCAGGUGAUGUCACGCCUUCGACGGUUACUGCUACGAUUUCGGCGGUUUCAACGUUGUCUGCUCCGGGUGAUGUUACAACUGUCACUGUCCCCGGCCCCGGUUCUACGGUCACCUCGAGCGUCAUCUCCACCUGUACUUCUACCUUGACCGCAACUUUGACAAUCCCGGGAGCGGGUGAGGUCAUUACGGUGAAAGAAACAUGCACUGUUACUUCGAGUAUUACCGUUCCGGCGUCCACGAUGACUGUUGGCCCUACCACUAUCACCGAGACACAGACCAAGACUUCCGUGGUUGUCACCAGCAUUACUGAGCCCGCUUCGACAGUCAUCUCUACUCAGACGAAGACGAAGACAAGCACUGUAACGAAGACGAGCGUGGUGGCGGCUAAGACCUGGACCAAGGUUAUCUCUACGCCCACGACAGUCAUAAAGACGUCUACUGCUACCAUCAGCAAGACGUCCCUCUCCACAGUCACCAAGACCUCGACAGUGAGCAAGACAGUCCCGACGACGGUUACGAAGAUUGUCACCACUACGACCACCAAGCCCACUACCAUCACCAAGGUUACAACCACUGUCAAGCCCACCACGAUUACCAAGGUCAUUAAGCCUGGUAAGCCCACUACCGUCACCAGCACUGUUACCGUCGUGAAGACCUCUGCCAUUAGCAAGUGCACUGCAGCCGCCACGCCCUCAAUCGUGACGGCGACUAAGACGCGCACGAAGACGUUCACGGUGUACACACCCACCACCAUUCAUUCGAUCGCUACGGCUACAGUGACGAAGAAGACAACGUAUAUUACGACGUCGACUUGUACGAAGACGGUGACGAGAAAGUAAAGGCGCUGAGGAUAUGAGAUUGUAGGUUAGGAGAAGCUCAGCUUUCUAACAUUCGGAUAGGGGCUCUUGAUCGGUGA